AUGUAUUUCUUCCUCAGCAACUUGUCUUUACUGGAUCUCCUUUUUUCCACCAGUGCUGUACCACUGAUCAUGGCAAACUCGCUGCAGAACUUUCCCACCAUCUCUUACACUUCCUGUUUUGCCCAGCUCACGAUUCGAGCCUUCUUGGCACUGGCCGAGUGCUUCCUUCUUGCCAUUAUGGCUUAUGACCGAUUUGUGGCUAUCUCAGAUCCACUCAGGUAUAACCUGGUCAUGUCUUCUCGAGUAUGCAUUUUAAUGGCUUUGCUUGCAUGGAUGACAGCCUUCCUGCUCACUGUUAUGCCCAUUCUGCUCUUUCCCAUCAGUUUCUGCGGCCAUAAUUCGGUCAAUCACUUCUCCUGUGAAGCCCAAGCCAUCUUUAAAUUGCUCUGUUCCAAUACCAUUUUCCUAGAGGUUAUGAUGAUGGUGUGCGCUGUCAUUUCAAUGCCAGUCCCUUUAAUUUUCAUCCUUAUCUCUUACCUUUGCAUCCUCAGGGCUGUCUUAAGAAUCCACCCAACUGAGGCUAGGCUUAAAGCCUUUUCCACAUGUGGCUCUCACCUGGUUGUGGUAACCAUCUACUUUGGGACACUAAUAUAUAUUUAUGUGAGACCCCAGACUAAAAAGUCUCAAGAUGGAGACAAAAUUGUCUCUAUACUUUAUGCAGCAGUGACUCCAAUGCUAAAUCCCCUCAUCUACACUCUGAGAAAUAAAGAUGUGAAAGCUGCUCUCAGGAGAGUAACUUGUGGGGCCAAGUCCUGA